CGAUGAAUGGCUUCAGCACCGAGGAGGACAGCCGGGAUGGGCCUCCCGCCGCCCCCUUCUACGGCCAGAGCUGCUGCCUCAUCGACGACGGCGAGCGCUGCGCGCGCCCCGCCGGCAACGCGUCCUUCAGCAAGCGCAUCCAGAAGAGCAUCUCGCAGAAGAAGCUCAAGCUGGACAUCGACAAGAGCGUGAGACAUCUGUAUAUUUGUGAUUUCCACAAGAAUUUCAUUCAGAGUGUCCGAAACAAAAGAAAGAGGAAGACAAGUGAUGAUGGAGGUGACUCUCCUGAGCAUGAAACGGAUGUCCCAGAGGUUGACUUGUUCCAGCUCCAAGUGAAUACACUGCGACGUUACAAGAGGCAUUAUAAGCUGCAGACUAGGCCUGGACUCAACAAGGCUCAACUAGCAGAAACUGUCAGCCGUCACUUCAGGAAUAUUCCUGUGAAUGAGAAAGAGACACUUGCUUAUUUUAUCUAUAUGGUGAAGAACAACAAGAGCAGGCUGGAUCAGAAAUCAGAAGGUAGCAAGCAACUAGAAUGAAGAUUAACAGACCUUGGAAUAAGAGAGACCUUGAAGGAACAGAUGGUAUUGUGCAUUUUAGGUAUAUAAAAACUGUUGAAGUAUAUUGUAAAUUUUUUUUAAAAUGCAGUAAGUCUGGAUGACAGAAAAUAUAGACGUUCUUAUCAGGAAUAUUUGAACACAUGUGACCAGCAUGUUUCUGAAGACUUCUCUUCCCCUCAUUUCAAAAUCACAUUGGAAUAAAGGAGUGAGGUUGAUGGAGAAAUAAAGCAAAUCUCUAGGACUGUGGAGUAUGUCAACUUGGUGUUUUAAACCGUUUCUGGAAAUCUGCAUCUCAGUGCAAUUUAGACCACAAAUGGAAUUCAUUCACUGCAUUCAGACUGCACCACAAAACCACCAUGCAGUUUAUCUUGGCACAGGACUGGAAUAGCAGCAGAGCGAAAAGUCAUGAUCAAGGUGCAUGGGUCAGAAAUUUCUCUGAGGUUUGGUCCCCACCUGCACAUGAUUUGUCUUGCCUUGAGCCAGUGCUUCAAGUCCCAAGCUUCUACAAACGCUUCAGCACACCAAAUCUACUCCAGUGAAUGUUACUUGUCCAAUCUGAUUUUAUUUUUUUUCCCAACAUGGAAGCCAAAUAACUAAUUGAAACCAUUUCUCUAAUUUCUUUUAUUUAAGAACUGCUACUUAAUUGUCUGUAAGCAUUUGAGAACUUCUGUGUUUCCUCAGAAUGUGGUAUGAAGGCAAAUGUAGCUUUAUUUGCUGRGUUUGAUCAUGUUGGUAGAAGUGCUUAUUUAAUUCACUCAAUUAUGUGCAUUUUCCUUACAUUCAAGGCUCAGCACUGGUAGGUGAAACAGCAGGUUAAGACAUCUGCCUUUUAAUCUCUUCAUCAGGUCACGUAUCAGUCACAAGUGAUGUGGAUUUUAUACUGAAGUUGGUCUUUAGCAGAUAUCUCAAAGCUGCUGCAUAGAUCAGUGUUCUCAGCAGUCUCCAUUAAGCAUAAACCAUAUUUCUGUUAAUGGCUGUAGCACCGUAWCUAGAGCAGUAAAUUAACUGGAGCAUGUUGCAUUUCAUCUGUCUUUGCAAGUGGACACAAAGUACCGAGUCCCUCAUCUCUUGGGAGCAUUGCACGUGCUUUCAUAAGGAAUCUGUGAAACAGAGUGGGGUGCUGGUGCUCGCCACCUGGGCACCGCGGGAGGAAAUCACUCUGGUUUUGUUAUUUAAAGCCAAGGUGCCCUUAUAAAUAACACAGAGGUUAUUUUGGCAAAAGGAGCUUAUGAAAGUGCUGGUGGUGAAUGACUGUUCUCCAGUGACCUCAAAUUCUAUUCAAGGGGAUCUUGUGGUUUUUCUUUUUUAUUACUUUUUACACACCACUCUGUUUCCUUGCUGUCCUAAACGAUGUCUCCUUUCUGUUACAAGAUGCCAAGACUCCUCUUAGAGAGUAUAUUCUCAACAAGCCUUAAGCAAUGAACUGAAUAGUGGGAAAUACCGGCUAGAAUUUUGUCAAUAGCAGCUUUUAAUAWUCCAAAACUGGAUACAGCUUUGUUGAAGAACUAAACGUGCAGGUCAAACUCCCAACUUGGUACUGGAUCAUAUAAGGCAUGAAGGGUUCACCCAGUGAAGCUCUUGAUGAAGCUCUCCCAGGGUCUCUUUACCAAUCAAGUCAUGAUUUAAAGCRAGCUGGUUGCAUCAGCUUUGAAGUGUUUGCUAAUACUCCAAAUACACGUGCAACAGAAUUCAACACUUUUAAGGUCUUGUGUCAUAUGCAGAAAUAUUCUGUUUUGGUACAUGUCYCAUUUGUGAGUUUUUGAGGAGUGUGGUUGUUUCAGCAUUUCCUCAUUCGGUUCAGUUUGGAUUUUAAGAACAUCRGACAGAGGAGGGGGUUGAGGAAUGAGGAGAGAAUGUCUUAUGUCAUUAUUUCAUGAAUGUUUAAAAAUCUCCUAGUUACUCUGGUCCUUUCCUUAUUGAAAGGAUGGAAUAAUUCCCACAUGAGCCAAUGCGAUCAGUCUUCUCUCAUUCAGGACAGAUAGUUGAGAGGGAUCUUCUCUGGGUUCACGUUCCUCUUGAAAAUGAGGUGCUCAUCAGAGGAUAUCACCAAGCAAAAAAUGAGUUUCUGAGCUGAGAGUAUUGCCUCAUCGUAACUUCUAGACCAAAAUUGUAAAAAUUGCCAUUUGUUUAGGGAGGGGGACUCCUUUUUUGUUGUGGGAUUUCUAAGAAUAAAUGAAUCUGUUGCAUUGCUUUAGCAGGCAGCAGCAAAAUGUUUCUUUUCACAAACAUAGGGUGGCAGGUUCCAUCUGUUCAGGGGUAUUCACUGGCGUGACUUUGUGUGGAAGGGUUAUCCAGGAAACUUGCUUUUUGUUUUUCUUCCCCCCUUCUGAAAAUGGUCGAUUGGUGUAAAAUGUCAUUGUUGUUGGUCUCACUCUUAAAGCAAUUAUACUUUUUGGAAAGAAAAAAAAAACUUAGUGAAUUGUGAUGAUGAAAAGAUGUUUACCAGCCAUUAGCAGUCGUUUAUGAGGUGGUAAGCUGGGAGGCAAGACACCAAAAAAACAGUCUUUGGCUGUCAGACCCCAUGGCCUUGUAAACCCUUGCAAAUGCCUUAUUAACUUGUUCUCAACUUAGCUAGAGCAAAAAGCCUUGAGCCAAGAAAGGCGACGUCUUUUUGGRAGGGGAGCCACUUGUGGCUGCCCCGCUGUAAACUGAAGUCACACGUCAAUUCA